AUGUAAUUAAACGAUUAUAAAAUCAACCGUAAACUUUUGAAGUUUACUAACAAUGUAAAUUUUAUUGGAAAAAACAAAUACCUUUCAAGAGAAUCGAGUGCUAAUAAGAUAGAGUAAUCAAUUUAUAAGUCUCUGUCAUCAAGUUAAUUAUUAACCAAAUCACAUAGAGAUAAUAAUCAUGUUACUAACAAAAUAUAAGAAAUAUCUAUAAUUGGAAGUAUCUACAGUAAGGAUUCAGCAUAUUUUAAUAAUUUAUCUAAUGAACAAUUAAAUAUUCCACCUAUAAGAUCCUUAAACAAAGAUGAUGGUGAUAAAUUAAUUGCAACUCUUAACAAACAAAUUAAGUAAUAAAAUCUAUAAAUAUCUAAAUUAAAAUAGCAAAUCAUUACAUAAACUACAGAUAUUGAUAAUUUGUCUAAAAUAAAUCAAAAUUUUUUAGAAAAAUAAUAAUCUUAUGAACAAAUUACAUAAAGUUAUCAUUCCUCAAACUAAAAAAGUAUUAAAAAUUACUAAUUUAGUAUAAUAAAUAGCAUAAAUAAAAGAAAUAUAACCUUACACAAAUGAUUAUUUAGAGAUUAUAACAUAAUUAUAUACAGAUGAUCAAAAACUCUAACUUGCAAUUAAACAAAGGAAUUAGAACUUAAAACUAAAUUUCAUUAGAGGUUGGUAAAAAGCUACAAAAUUUUUAAAAUUAUUUAACAACUUUACUUAGAAAUUAAAAAAAAAUACAUUGUAAUAAUAUUAUUAUUAAUGGAAACAAUUUUUAAUAUUGAAAUCAAGUCUUUUUUAAUUUAAUUAGGUUAAAGAAUUAAGGAUUACAAUUUUGUAUUGGAAAGUAUGGAAAAACCAUAUAUAAACAAAAAAGUAAUUUCAUAAAAAUUGGAAUUAAGCCAUAUUAUUUUGCUCUUAAAAAUUGUUAUUUAAAUAUUUUAAUAGACUGAAACAACUUUAUUUGCAUAAUAAUUGUUAAUUUACAGAUUUCUAAAAUUAAUAAAAAUAUGCUGGAUAAUAAUUAGAUUUAUUACGAUAAUUUUAAGUAUUCAAGUAAAUAAAAAUAUUUAAUGUUUUAGUAAAUGGAAAUAUCAAAUAUUAAAAAGAAAAGUAAUUGAAAGCAAGUUAACUAAUUAUUUAAAAUAAAAAAAAUAAUUGAUUACAAAGAAAAACAUUUUUAGAUUUCUUUAAAUAAAUUUGAAAUUUUAUUAACAAAGAAAUUAAAUCAUUAUACAAGAUAGAAUUAAACAGAAAUUAAUAAAAAUGUUUGUUUAAAUAAAAGAAUAUUAUAAAAGUAUAGCAUUCAAAUAAAAUUAAAUACAAUUAAAUAAACCUUUUUUUAUUAAAUAAUAUAUUUGGAAAAGAUGGUCUUAUUAAUACAAUGUUAAAGUAUAAUUAAUAAUGGUAGGGGAAAAAAUAAAAGAAAGGACUUAAUUCAAAAAAAUGAAAAAAUGUAUUAUAUACAUAUAUAUUUAAGUAUUCUAUGCAUUAAAGGGGAAUGCAAGUUACAAGAGAUUUUUAAAAUAAAAUGGCAAUAUAAUAAAUUUAUAAUAUAAUAGAAGAAUUAUCAAUUAAUCUUUAAUGAUUUGGUUGAGUAAUUUAUUGAAAUAAAAAAUUCUUAUUGACUAAGAAUAAAGUUGUUAAAUUUCAAAAUUAUAAGUCAUAAAUUAACAAUAAUAAGUAGAGGUUAUUGAAUUAAAUUAAAUUUAUUAAAAUAAAUUACAAUAACUCAAAAUAAAUGAAUAAGAAAUAAAUAACUAUUAAAUGAUAUAAGCAAAUUAAAAUUAGAUUAAAGAUGAAUUACAAGUGCAAUAGUAUAUAUUUAUUUUAUAUUUGUGA